AUGAUCCAUAUUUCACAGCUAAGCACCGCACACUGCGUAUGCGCUCAAAUUGUGGGUCCAGGCAUUUCUCUCUACGUGGUAUUGUCAUAUUUCCAGUGUCGAGAUGAAAUAAAAAUUGACAUUACGCAACUAGAAAAGGUAGCACAAACACUAAGGGGAAACAGUGUUUUAUUCGGGAUGGAUGCGAAUGCUAGAUCUAUUAGAUGGGGCCCAAAAACAAACGAGAAGGGAGAGAAACUGGAGGAUUUUAUAGAUGAUUAUGGGUUAGAGGUAUUAAAUAUAAAGAGGGAGGGCCCAACUUAUGCUUUAACAUCAGGGGAAUCAUACAUAGAUGUCACUUUAGCCACCCCAAAACUUGCAUGGUACGUACGAAACUGGCCCAUCAAACGCGAGUGGGUGCAAAGUACCGACCACUAUGCAAUCGAUAUCAGUCUAGGAAUUCCAAGAGAUCGGGAGGGUCUCGGUGGGGUGGAUCCCAAGCGGUUCAACCUAGCGUUGGCCGACUGGGAAAAGUUCCGCGUGAACCUACCAGAACUCACAAGAGCGAAUCUUGAGGACCUAGCGCUGGAAACGGUCGAGGACCUGGAAAAGUAUACCAACGCACUCACCAAAACCAUAAUGGAGUCAUGCGAAUUUGCUAUCCCUCGGAAAAAGGCACACGUAAAAUCAUAUCCAUGGUAG